UGAAAGACAGUGGCAACACUCCUCACUGCUCUGCUACUGUCUUUGUUGCCAAUUUACCCUUUUCUUUCACCAAUGCUUAGCUUGAAGAAACAUUCAGUGAGGUUGGACUGAUGAGACGGUGCUUCAUGGUCACCAAGAAGGUGCCGCCAUUGAAGAUUCUAAACGUGCAAUUGAGCUUAAAAAUGACUCGACCAUUGGAGGUAGAAAAAUUGGAGUGAAACAUGCUAUGCAUCGUGCUCCUCUUGAGCAAUGUCGAGCAAAACAAAAUCAAGUUCAUGCUGAAGAUUUUUUCGAGGCUGACAAAGAUGUUUUAGCCAUCAAGGUAGAAAAGCUUGAGAAGGCACCAAACUCUCAUCUAAAAGUUCAUUUUGAAAAUGUUAUUGAGACAAAGAACGACAAGGACGUUUCAGCCACAAAGGUAGAAAAGCUUGAGAGGGCACCAAACUCUCAAGUAGAAGGUAAAUCUAUGAAGAAACGGAAAAGAACUAUGAUUUCGAGUAGUUUGCCUGAUGAAGGGAUUGGGUCAGAAAAACAAAGGGUUGCUAAGACAGUCAUAUUUGGUGGUCUUCUUAAUGCUAAUGUGGUAAAGGAAGUACACCGUCAAGCAAGGGACUGUUCUGUCACCUACCCUCUUCCCAGAGAAGUGCUUCAGCAUCAUGGUAACUACAUUUAUAUGUUGCAGCUCCUACUUUACGUAAACAAGUUUAUUUUGUCUCGUCGUGAGUAACCUUCCGCACCCACUGAAUGAACUUCCGCACGCACUGAAUGAACGUAGAAAAUGGAUCCUUAAGCUAGUCUAGCUUCUGGAGUUAGAGCUGAGUGAGCCCUUACAGAGCCACGGCCUUGGACGUCACUUCUUCAUUUAUCUGCUUUUUUGAGGCCAGAGUUAAGCUAUAUAUGUUGAACAGAUUCAAAAUAAAAAAUCAUCAAACACGAUUGAAAAACAUGAAAAAAUCGCAGCAUAUCCUUUUAUGUUUUGUGUGUAACAGAUAAAUGGCUUCAAUGCUUCUUGUAGUCUAAAUCCUAACAUGUAACAAUUCUAUCACAUUCUAUUUUGUCCCACUUAUCCAUAUUGACAAUAUCCUUAUCUACAGGUCUUUAUUUGGUAUAAUCUGACAUGUAUAUGAACCUUACUUUCUAAGGUCUGCUUCAUGGUCCAUUCGUAUAUUUAAGUUCUAGUCGUCUCACCAUUGUCCAUUUUACUCGUCAAAAGUUUGAUAAUAUCCUCAUAACAUUCUCCAUUUAUGUAGAAGGCUUUCUAAUUUCUUGCUCAGACAUCUCUUUGAUUGAUCUUUUAUUAAGGAUUCUACUUAAAGCAUCACCCUCUCUUGACCAGUAUAUGUUAAUGCCGUAGGGAGCGAACUGUAGAAGAAUGUAGGUGGCAAUAGUUAACAUAGUAACAAUUAGUUGUCAAGAAGGUGAUGCUUGAACUGAAUUAUCAAUAAGAGUGAAAAUGUGAUAGGAUACCAACUGGAAAUCAGAUGAAUAAGCUAAUGAGAUAACAACUUUUGAUCGAAUAAUAAGAAAAUUACAGAAAUUAGAUGACAAAGGCCUAUUGAAGGCCGUAGCCGAGAACCACUCUACUACCCUCAAAUAUUGCUUGCCUAUUACUCUCCUGACCUCUCUUAUUUAUAGGCUCUCCUAAUUGAAAGUUGUUACCCCCUAUUCCUCCAAAACAGAAUUUAGUUAUCCCUUUCUCCCCUCCACUUGCGAGAUUCUCUUCUUCUGGGUCCUUCUAGAACCGGUGAGGUGGAUAGGAGCCUACCAAAAUGGUGUUACAGAAAUUAAAUUUUGUAUAACUUAUUGCGCCUUGUGUUCCUUUCAUCUCCUCUUCUCCAAAUACAGUAGUUUGAAAAUUUUCAACUCCCUUACCUCUUAAAGUUAAUAGAACCUUAAGAUUUUAGUUGCCUUCAAUUUGGGCAUUGAGCUUUUUCCCUGAAAUUACUUUUAAAUUUGUGUGUAUGAAGCUUCCAAGUAAAGGUUGAUCAUUGAGGAGGAGCAGGAGGGGAUAAAAAUAUGGUAUUAUCGAU